AGCUUUUCUCAAGCCUCCACUUCCCCCUCUUCUUGUCCUCUCUCACUUAACGUUUUCUCCUCUCUUCCUGCCUAUGCGAUUCUCUCUUCUUUCAUUCGCUUGCUGGCAACACUUGGUUCCUGGCUUCCUAUGAGAGUCCCCUCCGCGUCUCGACCGUGAGCACUGCGAGAACCACUGCUUAACGCCACAGCACCACUUCGCCCCAUCUCAACAGCUAGCAGGAGAGCUCCUCCAUCGUCAAGCUCUAGGAAUGUAAGCAAACGUCAGUUUCCUGCACCUGUUCCCUUUAUUGCCCUUUUAUCAAUUUAAGCAAGCCUAAUAAUGUUAUGGAGAUACAAAUUGAGCGUGUUACACUUGCUAAAAAGGACCUACAUCCUUAAACCACUCUCAGUCCGCAAUUUUUCUUCAUCACCAAUUGUAUGUAUUAGUGUGAAUGACAAGACCCACCAUUUUUUUUCUCAAGAAAAUCUUAAAGCUGCUUUCACACCUCAGAUUGUGCACUCCACCUUAGUGAAUUGCCGUUCUGAUUUGAUUGCUUUGAGCUUUUUUAUUUGGUGUGCGAAGCAACAUAAUUACUUUCAUGAUAACCAAGCAUUUGAUUACAUGGUUAGUGUGGUUGGUCGGUUGACUAACCGUUACAAGACACUUAAAGGAAUAGUUAAAGAAUUAGAGAGUGUUGGUUUACUUACGAAGGCACAAACUUUCUUGCUUUUGUUGAGGAUUUAUUGGCGUGGAAGAAUGUAUUCUAUGGUUUUCGAAACUUUUGAGGAAAUGGGAAAUUUUGGUUUUAAACCGAAUACAUUUGCACAUAAUGUGGUGAUAGAUGUUUUGUUUAAGAUUGGGCAUGUGGAUGCAGGAAUUAAGGUUUUGAAACAGAUAGAGAUUCCAAAUUUCUUGAGUUUCAGUAUUAUAUUGAGUAAUUUAUGCAAGUUGAAUGAUUUGGUUAAUGUUAAGGAUGUCUUGCGGAUUAUGCUGAAGGAAGGGUAUUAUCCUAACGUCGAGACAUUUGAGAUGGUUUUGAAUUGUUUUUGCAAAGUGGGUAGGUUAGUGGAGGCAUAUCAAGUGUUGGGUGUAAUGAUAACUCUGGGGAUUUCUUUGUCUGUCAAUGCUUGGAGUAUACUCAUUUAUGGGUUUUGUAGAUUGCAUCAACCUGAUAUUGCAUCUUUGUUGUUGGAGAAGAUGGUUAAGAGUGGUUGUUCUCCUAAUAUUGUAACUUAUACAACUUUAUUCAAAGGUUUUAUGGAAUCUGAAAUGAUUCCUUGUGCAUUUGAUAUGUUGAAUACCAUGGAAUCUAAAGGUUAUGCUCCUGACUUACUUCUCUGUAAUGUGUUGAUAGAUAGUUUGUCUAAGAUUGGGAGAUAUGAUGAUGCGCUAGAUCUAUUUCUGGGUAUGUCAAAAUGGAAAUUGGUACCUGAUUCUUAUACUUUCAGUUCUUUGUUGUCAACUAUAUGCUUUUCUAGGAGGUUUAAUCUUUUACCCAAGCUGGUUAGAGGACUUGUUGUGGAAGCAGAUCUGGUGGUGUGCAACUCACUUUUAAAUUACUUGUGUAAAGCUGGGUUUCCGAAUCUUGCUUUGGAGUUGUAUAAUGAUAUGAUUGAUAAGGGUUUUAUGCCUGAUAACUACAGCUUUGUUGGAUUACUUAGAGGGUUAUGUGGAGUAAGGAGAGUGGACGAGGCAGUUAAAGUAUACCUAGGGAUGGUCAUGAAUUAUACAGGCCUUGAUGCUCAUGUUCAUACCUCAAUCAUAGAUGGGCUUAUGAAAAAUGGUAAGUAUAAUAGAGCUAUCAAAUUAUUUAGGAGAGCUAUCUCAGAGAAGUACCCACUAGAUGCUGUAUCAUAUACAGUUGCCAUCUGUGGGCUUCUUAAGAGUGGAAGGGCUGCAGAAGCUUUUGCUUUGUAUAACCACAUGAAGGAGGUUGGUUUGUCUCCUAAUGUAUGUACGUAUAAUAUAAUGCUCUAUGGUUUUUGUGUGAAAAGAGACAUUAAAGUGAUCGAAAUGUUGCUAAAAGAAAUAAUUGAGGCAGGGAUUCAGCUGGAUUGCAAUACAUUUUUCAGGUUGACCAAAGUUUUAUUCAAGUCUCAUCUGUCUUCUUCAUUCUUUAACCGAUUAAUUAAACUCUGGAAUUUGUUGUUGAUGCCUAAUGAGGUGAUGCAUCUGCUAUUGUUUGAUGGACUUACCAAUGAUAUAAACUUAGGUGACACAAAUCAUUCAUUAAUGAAGGGUUAUUUGGAGGAUAAUCUAUUUGUGGACUCAUCUAGUUCUGAUGAUCUUCCUAAUGUGGCUGCUUCAGUGGGUUGAGUUAUAAUGCACAAUGAAGUCUUUUCAUAUUAAAUGACAGAUCUUCCAAUCUUUAGAGCUUAGCAUGGUGUCAGAUACCAGGCAUUAUAAAGGUAUGUCUAGUAAGCACUUUCAUAUGAUUGAUUUUUUUUGAAUUGCAAUGAGCUAUUAUGCUUUUGUGUUCUAUAAUGACUAUAAUUCACUUUUUUCCCCUUAACGUAUACAUUUUUCAUAAUGUUUGAUGUCAAUCUGGUUCUAGCUAUAUUAAAAUGAAUUAUGCUAUUAUUAUUGUGAAAAGAUUCAACAUUCUUUACUCCUAGGCACCACUAUAGCCAUCUCUCACCAAAAGUUGAAGCCUAUCUCAAAACAACAAUCAUAAUUCAUAAUGCAUCAAGCUCUUCAAAUCCAUUAAGUCUCAUCAGCUCUUCCACCUUCACUCCCUUGGGCAUGUGAGGUAAAGCCACAAAAGCCUGAACAUGUAUAGUAAUGCUUCAAAUUUUUAUACUGAUUUUGAUUCCUGAUGAGAUAAGAAAGGAAGGCGAGGCAUGGUUACCAUCUGCAAUAGAGAUUACCAGGGAGAUUUCAAAGAGUUUGGCUGUGAAUCCCUUGAUUUCUUAUGUUGAGAGGACCCUAUGGAAUAUGAGCAGGCAGUUAAGAGGAUGAUUGUGAGCUCAAGCUCUUCACAUUUGACAGGCAUGACACUUUUUGGCAUUCUAGUGACUGCAUUCUCAGCUAAUACAGUGCAGGAAAUUCACACCUAGGCCGUGACACAGCAUGUCCAAGAAGAGAGAGUUUCAAAGAAGGUUUAAAACAAAAUGGAGUGUCGAGGCAGUGAGCCAUGAGAAUGAGGCGUGUACCAUGUCAGGCAGUUCAUAAGUUCAUUUCUAAACUAUGUGCAACUAAAUAUGAAUGUUGAGUUUAAAGGGUUAAUAGUAGGUCUAUACAUUCCUUUUGUUUGCCUUUCAAUAACUGCUGCCUGAGUUUUAACUUAAAGUUAAACGAUCAUCUUGUGAAAUGUGAAAUCAAUCUUGCAGGUAUUCCCUGCGGUUGGUGUUAUAAACACCUCAAAGCAAUAACUGAUCCUUUUGUGGUGGAAGCACUUGCAUGCGAGGGAGGCCCUUCUUCUAGCUAAGAAAAAGUCAGCAUUGAAGGGGAUGUGCUUAUUGUCAUCCAAGGGAGUCCCCCGCUACUACAGAUUCAAGGGGUGAUUGAAGUGAGUUCCAUGUUAUUAAUUGUAGUCAUGUAAAGAGAUCUUGUAAUGGUUUUGCUCUUUCUCUAGCGGGGAAAACCAUACAUUAUACCUCCUUUUACUGUAAUCCAAUUUUCCAAAUAAACUAUGUACUUGCCCUUAGGGGCUGAUUGCUUUUCUUCA